AUGGCUUCGAAACCUAUUCAACAGGCUCAGGCCGUGACUGUUAGCUUGCAAGAGCUGAUCGAGGGCACCGUCUCCUUCGACACCCUUACUGAAGCCUUCGGUCCCUCCUCGCUCGGCAUAAUCGUUGUCAAAGACCUUGACGCCAAAUUCCAGCAGCUCCGCGCCCAAGUCCUUUCCAAUGCGUCCUACCUCGCCGCGCUCGAGAACGAUGAGCUCGAAUCCCUCACCUCCGCGCAAGCCAAGUACCUUAUCGGCUGGUCCUGCGGCAAAGAAACCCUACGGUCCGGCCACUUCGAUACCCUCAAGGGCUCGUACUACGUGAACUGUGCAUUCUACAAGGACCCAUCCUUACAGGGCGCGCCAGCCGAUUCGCACCCCGAUCUCCCCGAGUACACGGCAUCGAAUAUCUGGCCGGAUGCUGACAAGCUGCCGACGUUCCGCUCCGGGCUUGAGGAGCUGUGUCGCCUGAUCAUUGAUACCGCCGUACUGGUGGCCCGGGCUUGCGAUCGCUAUGCGGAGGGUAAUAUUGAGGGGUAUAAGAAGGGGUACCUUGAGAAGGUUGUGCAGGGGAGUUUGACGACGAAGGCGCGGUUGUUGCAUUAUUUCCCUACGCCGGAUGCUGAGGUGGAUGCGGUUGAGGGAGAGGAUGGAGAUGACGAUGACUGGUGCGCAACACAUCUUGACCAUGGGUGUCUUACGGGCCUUACGUCUGCGAUGUUUGUCGACGAGGACGCGCACCCUCCUGCUUCCUCUCCGGCGACCUCGCCCCUCCCUGAGCUAUCCGCGUCUCCGGACCCGAAAGCCGGGCUGUACAUCCAGUCGCGGACUGGCGAGGUUGUCAAGGUGAACAUUCCCAAGGACUGUCUUGCAUUCCAGACGGGUGAGGCGCUGCAGCUCAUUACGAAGGGCAAAUUCCGCGCCGUGCCGCAUUUUGUUAAGGGGGCGAAGGUGCCGAAGGGACAAGGGAAGAUUGCGCGGAACACGCUGGCUGUGUUUACGCAGCCGAAUUUGGGAGAGGAGGUGGAGGAGGGGAAGACGUUUGCGGAUUUUGCCAGGGAGGUUGUUGAGAGGACUUAUUGA